AUGUUGAAAGAAAGAAAAAGAGUGAAAAUUAACGAGGAAAUUGAUAAUUUAAUGAUAAACGAAGAAAGAAAAGAUUAUGGCUCUGCAAUGGAAUAUGCAAAUGAAGUUCGGAAAUGGGUAUAUGCAACACAAUGCUGGUAUUAUUACCAUCAGUGUGCAUGGUUUAAUGCAUAUUUUCAUGUAUUAAAUAUUAAACAACAACAACAGCAACAACAACAGCAACAACAACAACAACAGCAAGAACGGCAACACACGGCGAAUUUCACGGAACGUCGUCGAAUUGCUUCAUUUCCACGUCGAAUUAUAGCCGAAAUUAUUGAUGCUUUUUUUGCAUUUCUUUUUCAACUUAUUAUUGUUUAUUUCCUUGUCGAAUUCGAUUACAUAGAUAUUGAAAAGUAUAACAAAUUGUUGGGUGAUCAAGCAGAUUUAAGAAAUUUGAUCAAUAUUACUCAAGAAUUGUUUCCUUUCGAAGUUUUUGGAAAGUUUAUAAUUAGUAUUAUUGAGGCAUUUUUCUUAUCAUAUGGAUGUGGAAUAAUACAAGCUGGUUCAACUCCUGGUAAAACCUUUAUGCGUAUACAAGUUAUUAGUUGUUAUGGAAUUUCGCCAGUUCCUGGAAGUGAUGAAUACGAUAUUAUUCGAGCUCAAAGAUUGUCACUUACCAGCGCAUUUUGUCGAUCGAUUAUCAAGAAUAUGAUUAUCAAUUUAUUAUUUCCGUUAAGUGCAAUCGCUUAUGCAUUUAGUUACAAUAGAGCAGUUUAUGAUUUAUUCGCAAAUACUGUCGUUGUAUACAUGUAA